AACUUUCCUUCCUUCAUUCUCCUCAAUUCAAAGAAAGAAAACCCUAGCUAGCCUCCACAGUCGUCGAACGGAGUGAGUGAGCCAUUGCCGCCGUCCGUGGUUGUCCGAGGCUUCUCUCUUCGUCUUGUCCUCAACCCCCUGUUCGCACUUUGGUCUUUUCUUCCUCGCUCGGCAUCCAUCCUCCAUCGUCUUCGUCCUGCGCGCCGUCCUCUCGUCGCCGUUUCGUUUAUAACAAAAGAAAAACGAAGCUUCGGUAGCGCUGAGAGCCCCUUGUCCCCUUCUCUCCUUCUUCACUCUCCAGAACUCAACUCAACCUCAAGUCCUCUCAACCAAAGAAAAAGUUCAAAACCCUAGCCUCAGCUGCUGUUCGUUUGUCCGUCGAGCCACUGCCGCCAUCUGUUCGUCAAGCCCCAGAGCCCAGAUCCCCAAACUUCAAAGAUGCUUACCUGGGUAUCCCUUCAAGUGUCCCAAGCUAUAGAUUACUCCUGAGAAUGGCUUAUCCGAGAGUGACACUGAUAAACUAUUGUCACUCCGCCAUGAUCAGGUAGUGUUGUAGUAAUAUUUAUGGCUAGGAUGAAGUAUUGGUUAGCAAUGGAAUGCUUUGAUGUUUUUGGUUCCUUGGUGUCAAUGCUGAGAGUAAUUAAGAGCAAGCAUGUGUUAUGAUGUCCAAGUUGGGAGAAAGGGAGCCACAAGGUGGAAGAAGUAUCAAUUGGAGGCAGGGAAGCAACUUUCAACUCAGCGAGGCUAUCUUUGCUUUCAACCGUAAAUGAAGGAGGAGAAGGCAUCCCAGUGAAGCUUUCUAACAGCAUUUAGUUGUUUGUCAUCAAAAUUAGAAACAUUGGACAAUGAUUCUUUAGAGUGUUUUAUACUUUUAUAAUUAUAUUUUAGUGUGUUUAUUUAUAAUUUAUUUAUUAUUUUAUUAUAAAACGGUUUUUCCGGUUGGACCACGGUUGAACCGGUUAAACCAGUAAACCAGUGAACCAGUAACAAAAACGGUUUAAUGACCGGUCCGGUUUUCCGAACCUUGCUAUAUACAGAAAAGAUUCAUGAAAUAAAUUAGGAAUCUGAUUUUGAUUUGAUCUAGUCAACAUGGGAUAUUAACUAACGUGACCUACUAAAACGGACAUUGCAGUGUCAAAAUCUUAUUAACAUGCUUUUGAAAUGAGAUCUCCUUUGAAAAAACAUGGCUAGAUUAUUGAAACUCAAAAAUACUAAAAACUUGUUAUAGUUGAGUGAUGUGGAAGGAGAAGGAGCAAUUGGGUUGCAAUGGUCCAGGAAACUGUUUUUAGGGUCUGCACUCUCCAUAGAAACUCAGCUCCUCCUUUUAUGUACCCAUUAUGGAUCUUCUCUCUUCUUUUUCAUCGAAUCAUGUCUCCUCUUUUUCUUCAAUUUUUCACUUUAGUUGUUUGUCAUAGAGUUUGCACAGAGUUGUCUAAAAUUGUGAUUAUUUUAUUAGAUUUUUGGGCCAAAAAAUAAUCUGAUGUAAUUUGAAAAUUUUCCUCUUUAAUGAAACAGAGAAUCAUGAAAUUGCCUGUGUCGAGGUGUUAAAUAGAGGAUCUUGGCUUUCUUAAUUUACAAAUAGCAAAUGGGUACAUCUGCUGCGAAUAAGGAAAACUUCAAAGGCAGUAGAAUUGAGCCCUGGAAGCAGAAAGAACUGUAUUUUUUGGUGACUUAUGCUUUUGUUUUCUAUGUCAUCAUCAUUUGCCGUUCCCUUCAACUCUCCCAUGAUUAUGGCAAGCAAUUAUUUGGUUUACGCCCAGGAUGGCUCAUACCUAGGCAACUCAAUGAUGUCACAGAUGCUCAAUGGAGGAAUUUGCGAGGAAAUAUACCUGUUCUUACUGUUGUCUUUGGCAUUUUCACUCUGCUUGCUAACUUGAUGAGGGCUUUUUUCAAUUUAAAAGUGGGGGGAAUGUCCAUUAUCUGGCUUUUAUUUUCUUUGACCUAUCUAUCAUAUCUACACGGAGCUUGCAUCAUAUUUGUUCUAUCAAUAGCAACUGUUAAUUUUCUUCUUGUGAAGAUAUUUGCACAGAAGAAGUACUUUCCACUUGUAAUUUGGAGUUACAACUCUUUUUUUCUUGUCUGUAAUCGCAUUUAUGAAGGAUAUUCAUUCUCAUUUUUUGGGCAACAGUGGGCAUUUUUGGACAAUUUCCGAGGGACUUUUAGGUGGCACAUAUGCUUCAACUUUGUUGUUUUACGCAUGAUUAGCUUUGGCUUUGAUUAUCAUUGGAGAAAUCAAGAUUCUCAUUUUGAUAUGGAGGAGAGCAGACUACAGAAUGACAAGUUUGCAUAUACCACAUACCUUUGUUACUUGCUGUAUGCCCCUCUUUACAUUGCUGGUCCAAUAUUGAGUUUCAAAGCUUUUGCCUCACAGCUAGAAGUUCCUCAAAAUACUCAUUCAGUUAAAAAUGUGGUACUCUAUGGUUUCCGUUGGCUAUUUAGUCUUCUCCUCAUGGAAUUGAUGACACAUUUGUUCUAUUAUAAUUCAUUUGCUAAUAGUGGUUUGUGGAAGCACAUGUCUCCCAUGGAUAUCUUCAUCAUUGGAUAUGGGGUCUUAAACUUCAUGUGGCUAAAAUUUUUAUUGAUCUGGCGCUUUUUCCGAUUCUGGUCAUUGAUAAAUGGAAUUGAGGCUCCAGAGAAUAUGCCAAAAUGUAUUAAUAAUUGCCACAGCUUGGAAGACUUCUGGAAAAAUUGGCAUGCUUCCUUUAACAAGUGGCUUGUGAGGUACAUAUACAUUCCUCUUGGGGGAUCUCAGAAAAAGCUACUGAAUGUAUGGGUCGUGUUCACAUUUGUUGCCAUCUGGCAUGAUUUAGAGUGGAAGCUUCUUUCAUGGGCAUGGUUAACAUGUUUAUUCUUUAUCCCUGAGUUGGCUUUAAAAUCAGCAGCAAAUGCAUUUCAGGCUGAGUUUUCUUUUGGGGAAUUCAUAUUUCGUGAAAUCAGUGCUGUUGCUGGUGCAAUCACAAUUACUUCCCUCAUGGUGGCAAAUCUGGUUGGUUUUGUUAUUGGACCCAAAGGCAUUAAUUGGCUUCUUGAUUCUUUCCUUAGCAAGGAAGGGCUGCCUGUUCUCGGUGCAAUGUUUAUCACAUUUUACGUGGGAACAAAGCUUAUGUUCCACAUAGAGGAGGCCAGAAAAAGGUCACGUUGAAAUGAGACAAUUACUCUGAUCAUAAUACUUGAUGCCAAUGGCCGAAUUCAUGUUUACUGCCACAAGUUUCAAUCCUGAAACCAAGAACAGCAUGGUUGGCUGAUUGCAGGUAUGUGUGAGUGGUGGUUCUUGACCAAACAAAUUCCCCAAUGCAUUGUACAUCGAAUUGGGAUCCAGUGCCUUCGAAUUUUGUACACUAAAUGGAAAAAUCACAGUUGACUGGGGACACGGGAAUUAGAAGUUGAUCACAUCUCACUUCUGCUUUGAUCCUUUGUUUGGUUCGUUUUAGCUCCUUGGACUAUGUUUUUUGCAAGUUGUCAUUAGUAAUUACCGUGAGCAGGUGCAAUAUUGUUGCGAAACUUUUCGAACCCCAUUUUUUGGGUUUUAUUUGUCCAUACUCAGUUAUGACUUAUAAUAGAUGCGCAUCACGGUUUACAUGCACGUUUAUCUA